AUGACGACCGUGACGGCCAAGGAUGUCUAUGUGUCUUGGAAUGGCGAUCUGAAUACUUGGCCAGAUUUCGUUCGAAAGGUGAGACUCCAGUAUGAGAAGACGCAGCCAAGCAAACGCUACUUGCUUGGCCCAGAGCUUGUGAGUCGCUUGACGGACAAGGCUUGGCAGGCUUCGUACGAGAUCGACCAUGACCGCCUUUCUGGACGCCAUGGAGUGAAGUACAUGCUCAGCUUCCUUCGUGACAAGCUCUGCCGUGCACCGGUCCCCGAUGCAGGGGCCCGCCUCGAGGAUCUACUGAUCCGACUCCGUCGACAGCGCGGUACUCCUUUUGCUCAAUGGGCUCAUGAGGUGAGAGAACACUACCGACGACUUCAACGUGCCCUUCUCCGAGCUCGACAAGAAGCCCAACCUAAGGAGACCUCCAUGAAGAAGAGCUCAAAAGGAAACUCCAAAAAGAGCCAUGGUUCAACAGCCACUGAACCGGAACCUCGACCUUCAUCCACUGGCAGUGACCACUCGCCUUCGAGGAGUGUCCGUAGUCGAGAACCUGCCAUCCCGGAAGAUGAGGAGCAAGAAGAAGAAGAAGGAGAAGAAGAUGAAGUGGACGAUGGCUCUCCUUCCAACCGUGGUGGCUGGAACACUUGGUGGCAAUGGGGCAAUCAGUGGACUGCUGAAGAGUGGAAUGAGUGGCUUGGCAAGAAGAAGAAGCAUGAUGGCUCUGACUCCUGGUCUGCCUACGCUGAGGACGAUGAGGACAUGAAUGAAGAAGAGACCUAUUGGGGUAGUGCUUCAUGGGAUGAUGGUUCCUGGACUACCUCUUCGGCAUGGUGGAAUGACACCGAGGCUGAGUUUGAGUUCUCACCGGAAGAGCAGAAGCAGAUUGAUGAGGUCUAUGCGGCCUAUGAAGACAAGGCAGCUCAAGCCCUGGCAAGGGACGACAACGUCCAGGCUGAAGAGGAACUUAUGUUCACGAGACUCCAGUGGGGCGAAAUGCUCGGUCAUGACCUCGAUCCUCGAUCUCCUGAAGAUGUGUUGGUUCGUGUUCCUGGAAUUCUUGUUACCGAUGCCAAGUCCCUCUAUGACUCGGUUCAGAAGGGUUUGGUAAACACGAGCGGUUUAGGACUUUCCGAGAAGUACAGUGCUUUGGAGCUUUUGUCGGUGAUGGAACGCUUGGACAGAG